AUGCCACCCAAGAAAGUGAUUCGAGAUUCCUCGUCGGAAAGUGAAGAUGAUCAAGUUGCCCCAUCUGAUCAAUUAGACAAAAGAACUGAUAAAAAGAAGAUUACAAUAAGAACCAGGAAGAGAAGAGUUCUAAGCGAUGCUGAAUCAAACUCUGAAAGUGAUGAAGAUAGCCAAGAAGCCAAGUCAAUCUUGUCAGACCAGUCCAGUUCGGAACACGAAUCAGGUGAUGAAUUUGAUGAGGACAAUGAGGAGGAUCCAGAAUUGAGAUUCAAAAAGAUUGAGAGAAGCGUAUUGGAAAAGGCUUGCAUUAAUAAGGAGACCGCUCCCAACCAACUUGUUGUUCAUACUAUCGAGCUGCAAAAUUUCAAGUCAUACCGUGAUGUAUGCACAGUUGGACCUUUUUCGUCAGAUUUGAAUUGUAUUAUUGGUUCUAACGGCUCUGGAAAAUCAAACAUUAUUGAUGCCAUUUGUUUUGUGUUUGGGUUUGACUCUAAGGAUUUGAGAGCAAAGAAUCUAGCUCAGCUCGUCAAUAACCAUGUUCCCAAUUCGACAAACGACACUUACGUUAAAAUUUCCUUUCAUCUUAUUAAUAGGGAAAGAAAUGAAAAGCUUGAUUGGUUUGAGGUCGAACGGAGAAUCAAACCAGGAGAUCAUGGUGCUAGCCACUACUUCAUAACAGAUGGUACUGGAGCAAGAAAGGCAUCCAAGAAAGAUGUUAAAUUGUUAUUGACAAAACAUGGAGUUGAUUUCGACUAUCCUGACAGAUUUAUCGUUUUACAACACAACACAAUCAAAUUAGUCAAGCAAAACCCUAAUGAAAUGAUGAGUUACUUGGAACACUUGUUUGGUACCGACCAAUUAAAGGAUCAAGUGAAACAAAUCGAUAUUGAGAUAACUGAAAACUCAAAACAGUUGGAAACUAUUGACAAUGAGAGGCAAUCCAUUCUCAAAGAUCUGGAAAUCAUCAAGCCAAAAGUACAACAAUAUGAACAAUACAUUUCUCUCAAAGAAAACGUUGACAAACUAAGCUCAGAACUCGAGACAGCGAAAUGGAGAUGUAAUAAUUCCAAGCUAGAGUCUUCCAGGUUAUCUUUAGAAAGUGCUGAAAAGGAAUUAUCAAAGUUGCAAUCUGAUUUGCACAAUACUGAAAUUGAGAAAAAUAAGUUAGCAAAAAAACGUGACUCUUUAACAAAAGAAUUCGAGACAACAGAAGAAAAUUUGAAAGAGUUGAAAAAUGUGAUCAAAUUCAACCAAAAAACCCUUGCAAAAAAGAAAGCAGCCCAUGCAACAAUAUCUAGAAACGUACAUGACGUAUCCAAGAAUCUUAAAAAACUCUCUGACAAUAUAGACAAAGCUAGAGACGAAGAAGAAAAGAUCGCUCAACAAAUACAGACAAUCGAACGGUCGAUAACAUCCGAUCAGCGCCAACAAGAGAUAGUAGAGAGCGAAAGGAAAGCACUUACUGAAGUAAUACUUCGGGACACUAAAAUGCAAGAAUACAAGAAUACUUAUGAACAAGUAGAACAGAUAAAGGGAGCCCAAGAUUAUCAAAAUCUUCUGUUGAAAGAGCAAAAGUUGUCUUUAGUAAUGAAGGAAAUAGAGUCAACUAAACACAGAGUAGAUACGACUAAAUGUGAAACAGAGAUUCUUGCAGGAGAAAUCUUGUCGAUGGAAAGCCAGGAGUUACAACUGAAGAGCGAUAUAGAAAAUAACCAAAGAACAUUGGAGAAACUAAUGAACAGACACAGGGAAUUGCAAAUUCUCAAGGACCAAUUAUGCCAGCAACAAAUGAUUAGUGAAAUGUCUUUGAAACAUAUCAAUGAACACAAUGAACGUUAUCGUUUUGUGAGAAGUAUUCAAGAAAUGAAACAACAGUCAACUAGUGGUAUUUUUGGCAUAUUAAGUGAUCUGUACGAGCUCAAGGACGAAAAAUAUUCUGACGCCGUUAACUCUGCUCUGUAUCCUUUAUUGAAAAAUACGGUUAUUGUAAAAUCGAGGGAUACAGCACUGAAUAUUGUGAACACUUUUAGCAAGAAGAAGAUUGGUAUUGUUGCUUGUGAAAUUUUAGAUGAGCUGCCACCAAUCAAUUCAAAAUCAGAGAGAAACAUGGAGGGACCUGACCUUAUUCCCAUGAUGGAUGUUAUUGUCUGCGAUUCAGCCUUAAAGCCAUUGCUAUUUAAGCACACAGGUAACUGGUAUAUUACUUCGACCAUCUCCUCAGCAAAGAAAUAUUCUCACAGUGGCUGUAAAAAGAAUAUUGUGACUUUAAACGGUGAGAUUUUUAAAAGUUUUGGAGAAAUCUCUACCUGUGCUGUCAGCAAGUCUGCUCUAUCAUCGAAUGAAAUGUUCAUACGGAGCAGAAGCUGCUCAAAAUUAUGGGGACACACCAAAGAUGCUUCUCAAACAGAACAUGCAUUAAAAGAAAUACAAAAUAGAAUCACUGAAAAUGCCAAGGAGAUUGAAAAAAACAGGAUAUGUCUUGAGGACGAAGAGAUUGUGUUACGCACCAACAACACAAAGUUACAACAAGUGACAGAAAAAAAGGAACAAUUGAAAAAGGACAUGGAUACCGCUCUCAAACAAAUUUCUAACUACAACCUGGAAUUAUCUUCUCAGUAUGAAAUUAUGUCUAAUUUCAAGUUACAUGCACAUGAAGAACAAUUGCUUGAUUCUUAUAGACAGAGUAUCAGAACUCUAGAACUUGUUCUAGAGAAAGAUCAAACGAAUUCCGUUCUUCAGCAUAUAUCUAAAUUAAGAGAGUUUGAUGCGUUGAAAACCAACUUGGAAUACAAUAUUCGUUCCAAUUCGGAAAAGCUUAAAAAGCUCAAGAAGAAGCAAAUUGGCUUUCCUCAACAUUUUACCUCUCUUUGCAAACAAAAAGAGUUAAUGGAAAGCGAGUUGUCUUCAUUGAAUGAAUCAUUGACAAGUUCUGAAGAUUUCAAGAUUGAGGAACAGAGAAUUACCAAGUUAGAAAAGCAGCAAGCAGCUACACAAGAAGAAUUGCGUUUAAUUAAGGCAAAAAUUGUCGAAGCUUCUUCACAACAAGACGAGUUACUGUCAAAUAUUGAAUCCAUGCAAACAGCCAUCAAGAAGAAGGAGAAGUUUAUCUCUGAAAUGAAUGAAACAAUCAAGUCCUUACAGAGUCUUGUGCAAAAGAAACCCAUUGGACUAAAGAAAACAAAUGAUGAUGUUGAUAUAGAUCAUGAGGAGAAGAACAUUAAGAAGCUUGAAGCACAACUCAAGUUCAAAUUGGAAGAAUUAUCAAAAAUUACCAAAGAUCUUGAUAUGGACUGCAUUCAAAAGCAGAAAAAACUGAAGAAGAACAUGAAAGAUCAAACAAAACGCUAUAAUCGAACAAUGAAAGGGAUAGAACGAGCUUCCACUUUGAAGACAAAGCUUUUACAUCUUAGAUUUGAGGUUUUUCACAAAGUAUGCAAUCGUAUCAACAACACUCUAUCUCAAAUUUACAAAGACAUGGGAAUCAACAAUAAUUGUUACAUUUCAUAUUGUGAAAACAAAACCACAGCAUUCGAAAAAGGUGUGACCAUAUAUUGCAAACCCAAUGGAAGUGAAUGGAUUCCGUUUUCGAAACUCUCUGGUGGACAAAUGAAUUUGUGUUGUGCAAUUCUUUCUCUAAGCAUGAUGAAGUCCUUUCCAACUCCUAUUUGUUUCUUUGAUGAAAUGGAUGCAUCACUGGAUUCAAUUAAUGUCGAAAUGCUCUCCAAAAUUAUUUUGGAAUAUUCAAAGAAUACUCAAUUUAUUUGCAUCUCGUUCAAGUUUUACGAAAAAGCACAUCAUAUUAUUGGAGUUUACCACCACGCCCAAACAUCUUGUGCUGUUCCAUUGGUUAUAGAAGAUAAAUAA